UGAUUAGACGUUAUGAAAGAUUCUGGUACAGACUCGUUGUCUGAGAAAACAGGAAUUGUACAAUUCAUUGCACCAGAUGGAUCGGCAACAGGUCCAAGUUUUGAUGUUUCUUUCGGCAUAGACGCUUCUCACUUGGACAGAAUUUUAAACAGCUUUCUCUCGAACGAGGAAUUCAUUCCCUACUCUUUCUAUAUUCAAAACGAAGAGAUUACAGAUAGUAUUGCUGCAACCCUCAGUCAAAGACCACAAGUGUCGACAGAGACGACGAUCAAGAUAGACUACCAUCCACAGUCUCAAUAUAUAGUGCGCCCGGUUUCAAGGUGUCAAGGCUCUUUGAUAGGACAUCAAGAGUCAGUUCUCGGAGUAGCAUUUUCUCCAGAUGGAACGGGUUUUGCAAGUUGUUCUGGUGACAAGACUUUGAGACUUUGGGAUCUAACGACGCAAACUCCCUUCAAAACUUGUGAAGGUCAUAACAAUUGGGUAUUAUGCUUGUCUUGGUCGCCAGAUGGUCAGAAAAUAGCCACGGGAGAUUUAAGUGGUUUCGUUUUUGUUUGGAAUCCUUCUAAUGGUAAACCAGUGUGUAAAGCUUUGAAGCUGCAUAGCAAAUGGAUCACAAGCCUUUGCUGGGAACCUUUACAUUUCAAUGCGAAUGCGGAACGCUUUGCUAGUGGCUCAAAGGAUUGUAGUAUUCGGAUAUGGAAUUGUCGAACUGGUAGUUGCGAACAAACUUUUACAGUUCACACAAAAGGAAUUACUUGUGUCAAGUGGGGUGGUGAAGGUUUUCUGUAUUCGGCGUCACAGGACACUUCGAUCAAAGUUUGGGACGUUUCUUCAGGAGCUUUGGUGUACAGUUUAGAUGGGCACGGUCACUGGGUGAAUACUAUGGCAUUGAGUACAGAGUAUGCACUUCGAGUAGGUUCUUUUUCAUUUGAGAGUCCUAGUAGUAUCGAGCCUUCAUAUCGUGAUCGAUUGCAGCAGAAAGCUCUAGAGAAUUAUAAAAGGAUUUCUUUAGGACGUGAGGAGCGGUUAGUAUCAGGAAGUGAUGACUUUACUCUUUUUCUUUGGAUGCCAAAGAGUGGAAACAAACCUAUUGCUCGAAUGGUUGGGCAUCAGCAACUGGUGAAUAUGGUAUGUUUCAGUCCAAAUCAGCAGUUCAUUGCUAGUGCUUCUUUUGAUCGUUCCAUAAGAAUUUGGAAUGGAUUGACCGGAGCCUUCAUUUGUGUAUUGCGUGGACAUGUAUCUUGCGUAUAUCAGAUUUGUUGGUCGCCUGAUAGUAGGUUAUUAGUGAGUGGAAGUAAAGAUAGUACUCUCAAGCUAUGGGAUAUCUCGAAGCGUCAGCUCCGGUUGAAUCUUCCUGGUCAUGCAGAUGAAGUGUUUUCGGUGGAUUGGAGUCCGGAUGGAAGCAAAGUGGCAAGUGGAAGUAAGGAUCGAACCGUAAAGAUUUGGCAUCAUUGAAGAAAUGAAUUUCAACGACCAAGUUCUAAGGCUUUACUAGCGUUCAUUUAGCUAAGAAAGUUAUGGAAGAAGAAGGGAUAAAUAACAGGACAGAUUGUUUACCAAUUUGUCUGAAAAGAA